GUGAAGAUGCCCGCAUCGCAAUCCGGAUUCGGGAACUACUUCUUGGAGAGAAACGCCAGCAUGCCGACCGGAUACCAGAUACCGGUUUUGGGAUGUCCGCCUGCUGUUCAGCAGCAACAACCUCCUCAUCUGGCCGCGAUGGCACCCGGGGUUCCGAUUACAUAUUCAGGGCUGCAAGGAUACAACUUCAUACCCUUUCCACACCACCGGCACAUCACACAAAUGCCAAACUCCUUCGACUUGAAAGCUGUGUCACCUUAUCACCAUGCUCUCCUGGCUCGAGGAGGGCCUUUCUACCCACAGUACCGACCGGGAACAGUCGAGGACCCCAGCAGGGUCGCCAAGGUGGCCACGCGAGAGAGCACCAGUGCGCUGAAGGCCUGGCUGAACGAACACCUAAAGAACCCAUAUCCCACCAAGGGAGAGAAGAUCAUGCUCGCUAUCAUUACUAAGAUGAGCCUCACACAGGUGUCCACCUGGUUUGCCAAUGCAAGACGACGACUUAAAAAAGAAAACAGGGUCAGCUGGGCCUCCAAGGGGAAGUCCGAUGAAGAGGACGAAGCGCACGAGGUGGAGAGCGAAGAGGAUGAGAGCCCCCAAGAGAAAAGUCAUUUGGACUUAAAGGAAGAAAUUGAUGCUGAAUGCGUUGACGGAGACGAUGAUAAGGACGCUGGAAAGGAUGCAUUCGUCGGGUCAAAUCACGUGGAUGCGUGUUUAGAUUUGCCACCAAUGAAUAACGAGAUGAAGGACAGCGGACGUGCACUUGGAAAGAAUGUCGAUAAGAAUGAGUCGGAGCACAUACCAUCUCCUUUGGAAAGUAAAGAAAAUAUCGCUUGUCAAAAACCUAAAAUAUGGUCCCUGGCAGAAACCGCUACGUCUAAAGUCGUGAGGAAACCUCUGGACAAUGCUUACGGCCCAGGCAGCCCUGCAGCUGGCGAUCUAUGGGCAGACUGGGCAUCGAGGAACGGACUGUACAUCCCAUCAUGCUAUUCCACACAUGAAGUUCUCUGACCGGUUCUUGGGGCAAAAACAGAAACAUUUUCCUGCAUCUUUUGCACUUUACAGUUUCAAACCUCAGGGAAGAGAAUCACCAAAAUUCCCAAAAUGUCGCAUUGUGUAGCACGUCAAAUGAGAAAAAGGUGCUUUUUGAGACCAAAGAUGAGCAACGCUGUAAAUAAAUGUAGAUGAUGGCCACUGUGUAAAUUAUACG